CUUACUUUACUUCACUUCACUUUGGUGGUCCUUCUGCUCUACUUCACUCUACUUUACUUUACUCUGCUUACUUUGGUGGGUAUGCUCGAAAGAGGAUUACUCUACUUUGCUCUACUUUGCUGGGGCCCGCCUUGUCCCUGCCAGAUUACUUUGCUUUGCUGGAUCCGCCAUGGCCUUUGUGCACGAGCGUGAGCGGGACGACCAUCAGUGCGGUGAGGCAAAUGCCAUAGGGGAACGGGCCGACGGCAUACUUGAAGGCUCUGAAGGACCUGUACGAGGUGACCAGGCGAGAGAAGAUCUACGAGCUGUGGCUACAGAUGGUGUCGUUCGAGUGGCAGGCUGGUGUCCUAUCGAUGGACAGCCUGGAGGAGCAUCUCGGACGCCUCUCUCAGCUGGUGCGACGCCUGACGACCAUCAAGGACGACGAGUCCGAGAAGCCGACGGAGGGGCUCAAGAUGGCGAUUCUGCUGGACUCGCUGCCACAGCACUUCGAGAAUUUGCAUGCCAUCGCGGCCGCGCAGAAGGACCUCGACUUUGAGGGCCUCGUGGCGCUGGUGAGGAGCUUCACCGACCAACACCUGCGGGGCUCUUCCAUCGAGAUCUGCAUGUCAAGUGCUGUGAAGUCGGAGAGGACGUGGAUGAGCGGUCGGGGAGCGGCCGAGGAGCCGGUCGGGCAUAGGAGAGGCGACCCCGAGUGCCCGCGGCCCAAGAAGAAGGAGGGAUCGGCUGUCGGCGGUGCUUUUGCCGAUGAGGAUUCCCCGCUUUUCGAGCCGUCGUACAUUGGCGGGAUUGAGAUGAUGUCCUGACUGUGAGACAGUGCGGCAGGAUACGGCAGCUAUGAUGAUGUGUGCAUUGCCUUGGCUGUGAGUGAUGGCGUGGUUGUCCAUCUGAUACUCUGAGUAGCCUGGAGGGCUGGGAGCACUGAGUUCAUCUGAAGCUGUAUGUAUGCCUGGUGAUGCAUGGAAUGAGCUGAAGAGUGAGGCAGUGUGUCUAUCUCUUGAGAGCUGAGACAUUCCUGUGGAUGCCGAUGGUUGCAUUGGUGAGUGUGUCGAAGUUUGUCUCUGCCUGCCUCAGUGCAAGAGGGGGAAGGAUGGCGUUUUUGCGGUAGAGGGGGAGCACGCACGUGCCCAGCAGUGCGAGAGGGGGUGUCGGAGCGUACGCCCUGCAGUACUUUGUGCAUGCUCUGUCGAUCGUGUUGCAGUACUUUGUGCCCUGCACGUACUGACCCUUGCAUGUACGCUGUGUACGUGUGGACUUUCGUGUUUUCAUGUGGGACACGGG